AUGGUCAACCGAAGCAACCUCGCCACGCUACUCGUCGCCGUCGUGGCCUGUACGAAUGGAGCGCUCGCCGAGCAAGAGGCAGCCCAGUUCGGCUUCGGAGGUUUCCCCGGCAUGGGCGGCAUGGGUGGCUUCCCUGGAAUGGGCGGCGGCAUGGGAGGCAUGUCGAGCCUCAUGAAGAUGAUCCCAGGCAUGGGUGGCAUGGGUGGAGGAGGCAUGGGCGGUCUCCCUGGCAUGGGUGGCGGCGGCAUGGGCGGAAUGUCAAGCUUGAUGAAGAUGAUCCCAGGCAUGGGCGGCGGUUCCUCUGGCACGAGCGGCGGCGGCGGUCUAUCGGGCCUCAGCAGCAUGAUGUCAGGCAUGGGUGGCGGCGCUGGCGGCUCCUCGGGCACCACCAGCAAGUCGACUACAGGCACGGGAGGAGGUUACAGCUCGCCAGGCACGGUGCAUGCUCCCAGCAUGGGUGCAACAAGCACUGGGGCUACUGGAGCUACUGGAGCGACUGGAGCCACCGGAGCAGUGCCAGCGGCCCCGGCCGCCCCUGUUGCUGCGGCCAUGCCUACUGCUGGAGUCGCCCCCACUACUGCCGCCGCCCCCGCUGCUGGAGUCGCCCCCACUACUGCCGCCGCCCCCGCUGCUGGAGCCGCUCCGGCUGCCGCUGCCGUCCCUGCUGUAGGCCUGACUCCUGCUAUUCCCGCGACUGGAGCCGCCCCUUCUACCGGCGCAGCGGCACCUGCUGCCGGGGCUGUUCCUAGCCAGACGUACCGCCGCAACCUUCGCGUUGAAUAA